AUGGCCCCCUCCUUAGUCCAUCUUCCCAAUGGCCAGACCCUGAACGUCACACCUGUCUUUGGUGGCCUGUUCUUCAAGGCCAAUGAUCUAAACACCCACCAUAAUGUCUUUCCGCCUGGCUGGACCAUCAUUCUCAACAGCGAGGACGAUGAAAGCGACCACAAGUCUGUCGAGGCUGUCCCAGACGGUCAGAGCCCGGACGAGCCAUUCCCAGAGAAGCCUCUACCUAAAAGACCCCACAUUCACCGAUACAAGCGACCGACCUUGAGGCAUGACCAUAUGUUCAUUUCCUCAAUAUCGAACCCUGCAUCGAAUGAGUUCAGACCGCCGACCAGUCCUACAAGACAGAUUGCGAUGAUGCUGUGGGCAACGCUAUAUUGGUACUUUCACCAGCAAGAGCCGACACAACAGAUAACGACGGCGGAGUCAGAAAAGACACCAGAUGAUGGCAAGCCAAAGGGGGAAUGGCACAUCAACAUCAACAGGGAAGGUAUAUUCAAGGGCAAGCACCUCCUCCCAAAGUUGGAGAGGAUGGGUUUGAUCUCGACAGAGGAUUCUACGGUUGGCCUGGAUCCUGAAGAGGGCAUAACGAAUACGGGAGAAGGAUGGACAAAGAUGUUCGUCUCGCGGCGGAGCUUCUGGCAACUGGAUCCGAGAAUCUAUCUCUUCACCCUCACGCCGCUGCAGACAAACUCACCAUUUCCCUCGCUCAGCCCGGCAGGCAGUCGGCCAGGUAGUCCCAACAGGAAUAGCCGGAUACACGACGAGCCUACGAACCUCAACAUCCAAGCGACGACCCAAUCUGCGCUGACGAACAGAGCCAGUACCCCUCCUGGCCCUUUCCACUCCAGCUCACACCUUCCCACGUUCUACCCACCUCCGCCAGCACAAUACACAUUCACGAACAACAUCCGGCAUCCAAUCCGACGCAAACCACCGCGGGAAGGCGAGACCUUCUACACGCGAUACAUACCCAGUGUUCAACAAUACCUCAGCUUCCGCGUGGCCUCUCUCAGCAAACGGCCAAUCGCGUACAAUGGCCCAUUCUCCCAACACGCAGGCGGGGAACCAUCUUUGGCAUCUGCUCGAGAUAUCCUCCGUACGGCGAACUCCCAUUCCGAUCCCUCAGUCGUCACACUCAACAACCUGUCCAUCGACAACGAGAACGAGUGCAACCGGAUGUCAGACUGCGAGAUCCUCCACAAGUGGAUGAACGAUCCUCGGGUCGCCUACUCAUGGGGCGAGCAGGGCGAUCUGUCCCAUCAGGAAGAGUUUCUCAAACACGCCUUGACAUCCAAACACUCCAUGCCCGUGAUUGGAUGUUUUGACGGAAAGCCGUUCGCCUUCUUCGAAAUCUACUGGGUCAAGGAAGACCGGGUGAACACCUUCUUGGGCGGCGAGAGCGGCGACUUCGAUCGAGGGCUACACGUCCUGGUUGGAGAGCAGGAAUUCAGGGGCCAGCAUCGAGUGCAUGUGUGGCUGAGUGCGCUCAUACACUACUGUUGGCUGGCCGACUCGAGGACGAAUGUGGUGAUGAUGGAGCCGAGGGUGGAUAACGUGAAACUACGAAAAUACUGCGAGGAACUCGGCUUCUACCGCGAAAAAGAACUCUCCAUGCCACACAAACAGGCGAAUCUGAUGAAAAUCAAACGAGAGGCGUGGGAGGCUCCGGCAAUCUGA